CACGCAGGAAUUCACUGGCCAUCUUGGUGGCAUUCAGCGGCAGUUUCCAUUUACAGUUCUUAGCGCUGCAACAUGAGCAGUGAGCACAUUUCAGACGAAGGCCGGUUAAGUUUUAGCAGAGACACUAAAAAGCGCCGUGUUCCCAGGCAUGGCGGCGCACGAAUGUAAUCCCACCCCUCGGGAAGCCGAGGCAAGACAGCUGCGAGUUUGAGGCCAGGCUGGGCUACACAGGGAAUAAACGUGGUCCCUAGUGCUAAGGGAGCGCACCAGGCUCUUCCUCUGGAUUCUGUGGGUCGCGAAGACAGCUGCUUUCCGGCUUUCAGCUGAUCUCAAAACUAAAAAUACUUAUUUCAGUCUCUGGCCACUGUGGUCAGGAGUGGAAAGCACCCGGCUGCCAGGUGCUGCCCAGCCCGCGGAGCCGACUACGUAGCCCCUCCCUGGCCCUACCUUUGCGGGUCGGAACCACUGCGGUGACGAGCACCACCUGCGCGCGCGGCCUGGGGGCGGCAGGUGGCGGCCCGAUCUCCCGCGCAUCAGGCCCGCCGCAAGCACGGUCGUGGGGCCAGGCAGCCCUGUAGUAAGCGGUUGCAGGUCCCCCUGAGGGUCACGAGUGCUAGGCGAGGAUGCCCCGGGCUCCACGCCGCAAGGCUUUGCUCGAGAUAGCCUUCGUCCCAGGGCUUGGCGGGUCGGUACGAAAUGCAAGCGGGGCUGAGAUGAACCACUGCGCCCAGGAAGGGCAGCCGCGCUCCAGAGAGGCUUCCCUUUCAGCCAAUCGUCAUCGGGCAGGCUUCCCUUCGAACCAAUCACCAGAAGGGUUUCUCUCCAGCCAAUCAUCGCCUGAGGCCCGCCCUUCGCUGCCGGAAGGAGCCUUCAUCCUGGGCAACCACGACAUCCGGUUUUCAGUUUGGCGGCGGGAAACGGCCAUGAGUAAAGGCCGAGCAGAAGCUGCGGCCGGAGCCCCCGGGGUGGUCCUGAGGUACCUGCAGGAACAGAACAGGCCCUAUAGCGCGCAGGACGUGUUCGGAAACCUUCAGCGGGAACACGGGCUGGGCAAGGCGGCGGUGGUGAAGGCGCUGGAACAGCUGGCCCAGCAGGGCAAGAUCCGGGAGAAGACCUACGGCAAGCAGAAGAUCUACUUCGCCGGCCAGGACCAGUUUGACACUGUGAGUGAUGCGGAUCUCCAGACUCUGGAUGCCAAGAUUGUGGCUCUCACUGCGAAGGUGCAGAGCCUGCAGCAGAGCUGCCGCCACCUGGAGGCCGAGCUGAAGGAGCUGACCAGUGCUCUGACCACCCCAGAGAUGCAGCGCGAGAUCGAGCAGCUGAAGGCCCAGUGCGCUGUCUUCACAGAGAGGCUGCAGGGCAUCAAGGGUGCUGCCGCGCAUGUGACCCCUGAGGAGAAGGAACAGGUGAGAGCUGUGGCCAGGGGGCGGGACCAGGGUGAGCAGAGCCCAGCCAAGCCACACUGUCCCCACAGGUGUACCUCGAGCGGCAGCGGGUCUGCAGGGAGUGGCGUGUGCGCAAGAGGAUGCCAGGUCAUCUGUGCCCCUGUCCCCUGCAGGCGACCGAGCUAUGUGAAGCCAUCCUUGAAGGCUACUCGAAGAGCAAGAAGGCAUUGUUUGAGGAGGUGGGCAUUGAGACGGAUGAGGACCACAAUGUGGCGCCCCCAGACCCCUGAGACCUCCGUGGGAGACGUGCCUGCCAGCUUCUCCCGGUUGUCCAUUCCUGGUCUUGGAGCAGAGCAGCAUGGUGCACUCAGCCCAGCAGGGAGGGGACCAUGGGUCCCUGGCCCUGCCAUGUCGCAGUGGUUUGAGCCAGUGAUGCUAGCACCAGCCUUGGAACAAAUGAGGCUGGAGGAACACACCUGAUGUUUAAUUUCAUACAAAAAUGCCGACUUCCCUGUGGGCAGGCAGAGUCCCACCAGCCACCCUGUGGAUAGUCCUUAGGCUCAGGGUGGAAAGGCCUCUGCCCUCGAGCCCUGGGGUGCUGGGGAAACAGGCUGGGUGGUUCGGAGGCAGUUCACUUUCCAAGGUGGUAACCAGCAGAAUUGCAUUGUUGGUAUUUGAAAAAAAUAAGAUUUGCAACAUGCAGCCCUGUGUCCUGCUUGCUUUUGGGGGGAGGCACAAAGGGCUGGGAGGCUGUGCCUACUCCAGAGCCCAGAUCCUGGCCCGGCCCAGCCCCCUUUCAGUAAGUCUGUGUCCUCUCUGGCCACUGCUAAGUGCCCACACCUGAGCUCCCGCCUGGUAGGCUGGAGCAGGUGGAGCUUGUGAACCUCAAGUCCUGGCCCAGGACCUGAAGAUUGGUGAGGCCAAGGCUCUCUACAGGGCCAGCACAGGUCCAGCUGCAUGGUCAGAAAAUAAAUUAGAAGUGUUCAUGAAACAUGCUUCUGCACAGGUGCCAGGCACUGGGCCACCAAGUAGCAGUUAGAGCCCCCCUGGCUGGUGAGGCGGUGUCUGGCCAGGCAGGGGACAGCUGAACUCCAAGGUGCCUGUGGCCUUCAGUAAAGUUGGUUCUUCAGCUGGUGCAAGACACCCAGCACAGUGUCUCGCAGUGUCUGUGGGCAGAGGGAGAUAUGCUCAGGCAGGGUGGCCAAUAGCUCCCUGGGGCUCAGCCCCUACCUUGGAACGCCCCAAGAGGGGCUGGCAGUGCAGGCAAAAAAAACAAAUACAGUUAACUACUGGUGGCAGAAUUUAGGCACCAGCUACAGCUAUUCGCCUUCAAAUUGUCACCGUGACAGCACAUUUAACUUAGCCAGGCUUGGGUGGUGACAGUGGCACACACAUGUGAUCCCUGUACUGGGGAGACUGAAGCAGAAGGAUUGCUGCGAGUCUGCAGCCAGCCAGUACUACACAAGACCAUCUCAAAAAAAAAAAAAAAAAAAACGGAGGGCUGGGGAUUUAGCUCAGCACCAUAAGUGCCUGCUUUGCAAUCAUGUAUGUUGUGAGUUUGAUUCCUGGUACCAAGAAAAAAAAAAAAAUCUUGGGAAGUUGGGUAUGGUGUAGGGCACAUCUGUAAUCCUAACACUGGGAGGCUGAGGCAGGAGGGUCACAAGUUCAAGCCCAGUUCAGGCAAUUUAGCAGGUUGGGGUUCCACCUCCUAGUACUGCAAAUAACAACCAAAACACAUGAAGCAAAAUCUCAGGUCCAAGUCCAAACCUGAGAAAAAGCAGCCAGGCCUCGAAAGGCUGCAGCAGCUGCAGCCACCAUGGAACACAGGGACAGCUGCUCGAGCUGGCCGGGCAGGCCCACAAUCCCACCCCCACCCAGUGCUGGUGCCUGGUGUUUCCACAUGGGCAGGUGCCAAGAGGGAGCGUACCUGGGGCUUGCAGUGCUCCUCGAUCCAGCUGAAGACGCAGGCUGACAGCUCCUGGAAGCUGGCCACGGAGAUGGAGGCGUUGAAGGACUGGAACAGCGAGUCCAUGAUGCCCUGGAACACGUUGAACUUGACCUGGUCGGAGACCUGGUCCUUGCCCUCGUGGGGGUUGUUGCGAUGUGCCUUGACAAUCUGCUCAUAGUUCCUGAAAGCAAGGUGUGGCUCAGCCGCCAGGGGGCGCCCUGGAGCAGGAGGGCACUUCCCAACCACCGGUGGGUGCAGGGCAGGAGUUUCCCCUGGGCCCUAUCUGACGUGAUCUUUGAAGGGGAGCCCUGCGUUCCAGUGGCCCACCCUGAGUAACCCCCUUACACUUUCAUGAUCUUAAGGGCUGUGACAUCCUUUCGGAGCGUGGACACCUCCUCCUCCUGCUUCUUUUUCUCCUUGUGCAGAAACUGGAUGUAGUCGAUGGCUGGGGCAGGAAUAGAAGUGUCAAGCGGGAAGCCUAAGGCAGAGCGGGCCCCCUACCUCCGACCCCCAGCCCAGCCCCUCUGUACUCUUCUGCAGGACGAUGGCCUUGCUGAGCUUCUGGGAGCCAAUGGAGAAGUCCUGCUGCUGGCAGGUGGGGACGAUGGUCUGAAGGUCAUCAUAUCCUCUCUGCAGACACAGUGGGACCCUCAGGAGGGGUUCUGAGGAGGACCUAUGUGUGCCCUCUGAGGGCACAGGGACUCAAAGGGGCCAGUGCCUCCCUGUCACCUUGAUGGCAUCCCUGCGCUUCUGCUCGGCCUGCGUGUGUGCCCGCCGCCGCCGAUCCUUGUAGGACUCCUUGUAGGACUCCUGCUGGUAGUCACUGUCCUCAUCAUCUACAUGCAGAGUGGGGGGCAGGUAAAGUCACCAUGGGACCCUGCCUGGAGGAGACUGGCGCGGGAUGGAAAAUGGCAGAGUCUGACACCGGGGAGGCAGAGCUGGCUCUGGCCUUGGGCUCUGGCUCCGUGGGUGGACAGGAGGCUCCUGUCUGGUAUGGACAUUAUAAGGAUGCAACCUCGUGUGACCCUGCAGCUGUGCUGCUGGCAGAUGCCCACCUGUGUUGGGGACAGAAGAGGCACUGGUGGAGCCGAUGCUAUUAGCCCGGGACACCACGCUCCCUUUGCGGACACUUUCCACAAAAAGCCCUGGAAGAGAGGCACGGUCGCUAAGGAGUCGGCUGGGACCUGUGCACCCUACACGCCGCCGCUGGCUCCCACUUCCUCCACACUAUGCUCCAGUGCCCUCGACCCCAGCGUCCACUCUGCUUCCUGGCCUGCAGGCGAAGCCUGUCACUCGCCAGGGGGAACGCGGGUGGAGGGAGGGACCGCUGUCACCGCCGGUUGCCUCCAGGCUCACGGCAGCGCGGCCCGGUGGUGUUUCGGGCCUCGGCCUAGGCCUCUGUGCUUGGCGGGGCCCCGGGCUCAGCCGCGGACUGUGCUCGGGUGUGGCCACAAGACCUGCAGGCGGCCGUGCCCGGCGUCCCCGCGGCGCGCGGUGGGCACUCACCGGGGUCCAGGCUGGUGUCGCUGAGGGUGCACUCCACCUGCGCACGGGCGGGGGGCGAUUAUCAGGCUGCGCUUGCGCGCUCCCGAGAGCCCUAAGGGAAGGUCGCAGGCCACACCCUGCCCCGCCCCGGGGUCUCCCACAUGGGCGCGCGCAGGAGCAGGGCCCUCUCUACAGCCCCGCGACGCAGAGGGCAGGGAAACUCGAGGGAGCCCCUCGUCGUCCCAAACCCCCACGCGCACGAGCCCGCCGCGCCCUCCCUUCGCGGACGUGCGCGACCCUGGGGCUUGCCUUGACCCAGGGGUCCUCGGGAGAGGCACCAGGCUCUGUCAUCGCGGAUUGACCCCGCCGGACCGGAAGUCCGCACGGUGCGCCCACGUGACCCAACUCUGCCAAUCCGCGAGCCCCAGAUGGGGGCGGGUCGAGGAUAUCGCGCAUGCGCAUUCGGAGGCGCCCAGGCGCUCAGGCUAGCGCCCCUCGUAUCCACGGUGCUGAACCGACUUGGUGUUGCCGGUGAGUGUGAGGCCUCGGCCCCCUCCCCAGACCGGAGAACCUGGGCCUGUGUCACCACUGCUGCAGGCCGGCACACUAGUGCUGGCGGAGGCAGGUAUGGCCCUAAGCGCCUUCCGGCACGGUGCGGGGCAGAAAACAGGCAGCACACGCGGCUCGGGGCGCAUCCACCUUUAAUUCCGUACCGACCUCGCCUCCCCAAUCCGCCAGCGCGCCGCGGACACUGGAGAGGCUCCGAGGCCCGGGCUUCUCCCACUGCCUGGCCUCACGCGGCCCAGCGGGGUGGGGAUAGGUGUGCCUCCGGAGUCCCGCCCGGCCCCGCCAGCGGCGGCUGCUGCCUCCUCGGAUCGGGCUUUCCGGGCCCUCCAGUAGCAGUAGCUCCGGGAGCCACCGUGACCCCACAAGUCACACAGUCAGUGCUAGGUGCGAAGAGUCUCGGGCAGGCGCUUCUGCAGGAGAUCCCAGGCUCGUUCCACCUUCGGACAGCCCAGAUGUUAAAGGAAGGACUGACAAGGUCAGGCAGGCAGCCCCAGACCGCCUUGCCCCACGCGGCCACCACCUGCUACCAACCUGCUGCUGGGUGACCUGCGGCUCCCACAGGGUGCUGAGCACCACGUGGCUCUGCUCCACCAUCCGCUGCCCGCUCAUCUGGCUCUGUAGCCGGCUGUUCGCGGCAGCCUCACUCAGCCCAUCCCGCUCCAUGAUGCGGCGCACAGCCUGGACACAGAUGGGCAGGGUCAGGAGGGUCCAGGUUCUGCCUUGAGAUCUGACCUGCACAUCUGUCCCGGGGGACAGCCUGGGCACAGCCUGUGCGUGCAUACCUCAGUCUCCGGGAUGACCACGGUCCACACCUCGUGCACCAUGUCCUGCCAUCCAGCUUCCAGCAGCACAGCAGCAUCAAUGACACACACCCUCUUCCCUGGGAGAUGGGGGCUGUCACUGCCAGCAGCCUCCCCCAUCCCAGCCCUGGGAAGGCCUACCACAGCCCCACUGCUCACCCUGGGCCACAGCCACGUCCAUCUCUUCUCGUGCCAGCAUGGCCAUCACUGGCCACAUGAUGUCCGUGAGGACCUUCAGCUGCUUCUGUGAGGGACGGAGGGAGCAAGCAGAGGUGAGGGCCCUGAGCUAGAGCCAGCUCAGCAGAUGAAACGGUGCCACUGGUGCUGAGGAGCCCGGGGAGCAGUACUCACCUUGUUCCCGAACACCCGGCUGCCCAGGACCUUCCUGUUGAUGAGUCCAUCUUUAUAGAGAAUGUCUGGCUGACACAGGAGGGGGACAGAGCUCAGGCAAAGCCACUUCCCGGCUUCAAAUCACCUGCAAGCUCCCCUAGUCCUUACCUGUUCCAAAGGCCUCCACCACAGGCUGGUAGGCAGGGCCGCCUGGGGCAUAUGCCCGAUGGCCUAGCUGGUCACUAUCGAUGACAUAUGCCCCCAAGCUCCUCAGCCUCUGAGCUAUAGAGCUCUUCCCAGAGCCGCUGAUGCCCGUCAGGCCAAGCACGUAGAGACAGGCGGGGAGUUCUGGCCUCUUCUGCAGGUGGGUGAUGGGACAUUGGCUCAGGCUUGGGGCCGUAGCCCUCCAGGCAUGAGCAGGAGGCCCAGGGGUGGGGAAGCUUACAUUUGGGGGCCGAAGUAGGGUGCCCAGCAUUCUUUGGCGCAAGCUGGAGGAGCUGACUUUGUCUUCUUCAUUUUCUUUGUGAUUUUGGUCCUUCAGCAGCUGAAUCUGGUACAGGGCCAGCUCCUCCAAUCCCUGUGGGAAACAGGGCAUAAACCCAGACCCCCAACCUGCCCCAGGUUCCUCCAACUCAUCUAGGAUCCCAUCGUCCUAGAUUUUUCCCACCACCCUCCACCCUUGCUGCCCUGCUCCUCCCCUCCCACUCCCCAGCCCAUCUCCCACAGGGGUUACAUGCUCCAGGCGGAAUCGGUUGACGGCCAUCCCCCCACGAUAGGUCUCCUCGCUGACCACCAGGAACUGCAGCAAGGGGUCAGAGCCCGCGGGCCCAUAGGGGUCCAGCAGUGGGAUGAUAUCAAAAUUCAAGGAGGGUUUGAUGUCCACCAAGAACUCACUCAGGUGUUCCACGCGGUCAGCGUAAGUUUGGAGCAGCUCAGGGAGCACCUUGCCUGGGGGAGGAGUGUAGCAGUGAGGUCUUUUUACUGGGGAGCAAGUGUUCCCAAAGACAGAAUGACAGGUGAGGCUGAGUGGCACCUGGUGGGCUGCCAAAGCCGGCCCCGCCCCCGCCCACGGUAACCAUACACAAGCUGCUUUGGGUUCCUGGUCAAAGGGAAGAAUGACAAGAAGGUUCGAGUGGGGAUGAAGGAAACCAACAAGCACUGUGGUUGCUGCAAGGCUGGCCUAUGUCCUGAGAAGCUGCCACACAGUCAUGUCAGAGCCCUGCCAGAGCAUGACAGAUCUGAAACCACAGAGUCCUGGAGUCCCCUCUCUGGCACUCACUGCUCCUACAACUCAUGUUCAUGGACCUGGUGUCUCUAGAGCCCGUGACCUGCAUGAGGUCAAAGUCCAGACUUCUGGGGCACAGAGAACUGUAUCUGCUCCUUUACUAAAGUGUCCUCAGCACUGGCCAGGCGUCAGACAUGAGGACAGAUGGCCAGGGAGUAGUGGCCCUUCUUCCUCGACCCUGCAAGGACGCGGGGAGCUUCUCACUCACUCUUCAACAGGUCCUUGUCCGCCACUCCCACUACCAGCUGCUCCUGGGCCAGGACGCAGGCGACGCUGAGCAGCACUUUGUGCGCGUUGUGCAGGCGGUCGAAGGUGCCACCCACGGCUCCGCGCUGGUAGCCCCGCACGGGCUGCUUUGGGGACCUGGUCACAGGGGACGCAGGCCUGAUGGUGGAGGGCGAGGGGACAUCCAGGGGCUCCGCGGGCAGCUCUCCGGUCCCGUGAUCAGGGCACAGCAGCACGGACGACAGCUGCGGGGCACAGCUGUAACAGCUGGUGGCGUAGCGCUCCAGCUGCUGCUUCACCGGGUUGUACUGGCUACCGUCGCGGGUCUGGAAGUCAGUGAGCACCACCUCGGGCGGGUGUGCCAGGUUCUGCACCGACACAGCGGGCGCGGGCGGCCGGGCGCUCUUGGCCUGCACGUUGGUCAGCAGCACGCGCACGUCCAGGCCGCGGUGGCGAUCGGCGCCCGCGUAGAGCAACGAGAGGACGUCGAGGACCUCGAAGGUUGCGGGCACCUGACCAGGCUGCGGCUGCGGCGGGCUCUCCAGGCUCAGGUCGGGCUGCAGGUGGACGUAGAGCGUGCGGUUCACCAGGCGCGCGGCCGAGCUCAGCAGCGGAGCCAGGCGCGGAGCCAGCGCGGGCAGCGGCGCCGUGAGCACUAGCAGGCCCGAGCGGAAGGCAGCCAUGGUGCCGGGUCUGCAGACAGCCGGGGACAUGGAGCGACAGUGAGUUACGGCGAGCAAGGAGCCCCGGCCCGGAGGAGGGGCGGCGCGGCGAGGAACUCUGGACAGGAACCCGCCUGAGUCACAGCGCCGGGGCCCAUGAGUCCCGGGCGGCCUCGCUCAGCUGCACUGGGGUCCCGGAGGGCGGGAAGGGGGUCCCUACUCUCACCUGACCGCUACUCACCGAGCCCUCCGCGCACCACCCGCGAGACCCGGAAGCACUGUUUCAGGGCUCGCACUACAGAAAAGGAGAAGGGUCAGACCUUUUAAAUGCGGUUCGCAGCGCAACUCUCGCGAGAAGCUUCUUGGGGGUGGAGUGUGGAAGCGUUGAUGAUGCAAAAGGAUAUCUGGGUCCUAGCUCCUUGCCGACUUCCUAGGAAGGCGUGCUAGGGUUACCGAUUCUUGGGCUCCUUUGCAGAGAAAGGACAUUGAGUCCGGCCUGGGCAUCCAGAGCCCUUGAAGUGCUGGAGACGGGGCGCGAGCGUCCCGGAACCCUCGCGGCCGGAGGACAUCACGGGGGCGGAUGUCACAGAGACAACUGAGGCUGGAGCUGGAGUCUCAGGUCUCCGGGUGGUAUGAAGCUAAGCAGCCCGCAGAAAACGUUUCGGGCCAGAUGUGGUGCACGCUGGUGCUUGCAGCUGCUCGGGAGGCCGAGGCAGGAGGAUCACGAAGUCAGAGUCUGGGCAAUAUAGCGAGACCCUCUCCCAAAAUUUACAAUAAACAUUAAAAAGAGCUGGGAUGCA